CCAUCGUCUACAGAAGAACGAUCCAUCGACAGCCUCGUCAUCUAUUCCGGAUGUGGUGAAAUCGAGAAAGACAUUCAGUUCUUCAACUGUGCUUGUGUUUAAAAAAAUUACCCUCCCAGUGAAAAUGUGACGGUACAGGAACAAACCGCCAAAUAGUGACAAGUCUGGACGCGAUUGAAGAAAUUUGUGUGCUCAACUCGUCUGACCUAAAUUCCCGUGAAGAACUGUAAUUGGAAAAAAUCUCUCACGAAUGCGGUGGGUCAAUAAUUUAUAGUAAUUGAUCGUGCAGUCUACAGUUAUUUACUGUAGUCGUGGAAAAAACGCUACCUUGCUUCCCUGAGCUUGACCAUCGGUAGUUUUUCAACUUUUCAGUGAUGUGAUUUGAAAGUAAUUAGCCCGGAAAGUAGUGUCUCUCGGCGAUUUUUGUGUUGACUGUGUGGUGAUCCCGUCAACUGUUUUUUAUUCGGCAAAACCGGCUAGAUGCUGGUUGUGACCUGACACACCAUGGCUUUCUUUGAUUUGAUGUGGACUUUAACGCUAUGUCUACUGGUUUUCAGCGACACAUUGCAGGCACUAGACGACCCCUACUCCAACUCGUUCAUAUCACCAAAUUCGGCAGAAAUCCCCUUCGAUGAUGAUGUCGAGUCAGGAGACAAAACCUCUGGUCCCAAUGAAAUCCUCCAGCCAUCCUUACAGGAAACAACGGCACGCUUUGAUGAAUCCAUUGAAACUUCCUCCUCAGUUGUAGCGAACAGAGUGCGAAGAUCAGCUGAUCCUAUUUUAUCAAAGACAGCUGCAACAGAUGAUCUACUUAUAUUCAAAAACAUUGAGGAGGCCUUGGACAGUAAUGACGUGGAGUUGUCUGGGAGAUUGGGGCAUUUCAUCCAACCUUCCAAAACAGACCAGUACAUUUCCAAUGACGCCCACCAAACUUCCGAUAAUCAUUCGGGGGAAGGUCAUGGGGCUCCGCAUCAGGCCAGAUCACUGCCUCUGCAGGAGUCCCAAGAAAUCACCCCCAGUGCGACAAUGACGACGACGAAUUUUGCUUCCCAAUUUCCCCCACUCGACAAAGGACGACAGGCGAACCCUGAUAUCCAGGACAUCAUAACGGGUUUGGUGAAGCUGUUGAAUGGUAAUGUGAAUGUGCAGGCAAAUACAGGUCCUGGACUAGGAAGACCUCCACGACCAUUAUCAACGAGAAUAAAUAAUAGAGGACCACCAAGGAUAACAGACUUGCCUGCUCUACCACCAGAUUUUGACGUUCCAGCUCCUCUACCUCCCCCACCACUAGGACAAAUGCCCCCGCCUCUAACUCCCACAAGGAUGCCAACACCCUACCCAUUCGAUGUGCCGGUGCCCAACAUGUCACCAGUGCGACCAUUCACUGGUCCAGGAACCAGCAUCCCCAUUUCCGACCACAGCAACAAAAGGCCCGGGUUCUAUAGACCUCCAACUCUCCCUCCUUGGAAACGCAGGAGACCUCCCAAUAGGAGGCCUCCCCCGUAUAAAACGAUGCCUUCCUACUCUUCUGAUAUGAUUAGUUUGACCUCCGAGAAACCUAUGGAUGAUAUCUUGACCCUGGAUAUGGGGACGCAUCUUUCUGCUACCGGGGAAGAGGGAGCCGGCAUGGAGGAGGGCAGUUUGGGAGACCAGGUGGGGGAGAGGAAUUCUACAGAAGUCGUGGAUACGACUACGGAUGCUGUUGCAGAUACUUCGGAGAUAGAUAAAGAGAUAUUGGAUUUUGAGAAAAAUAAGGAAAAGGUAUCUAAACUAGACAAGUACACUAGCAAAACAACUAUAGUGACACCGACUUUCAACACUGAAGCGAAAACAGAAGAUCCCGCUAUAACAAAGGAAUCCAAUCCAUCGCUUUCUGAAGAAACGGAACUGCCUGUUACUUCCACUCAUGAAACAGAAUCUACCUCUUCAACCACCACCUCUUCCCCUGUUGAAGAAAACUCAGCCCAGUCUGUAACUGGAACGUUAACCAGUGGAUUUAGCUCGAACAUACUCAAUACUUCCUUCGUGAAUACUACUAGCACAGACAGCAGUUCUGGGAUUCCCCUGCUGGAGUCUUCUAUUCAAGAAGUUGUUCAAACUAUGAAGGAGGAUCUACUGGGGGAAAGCACUAGUCUUGCUAGUACUGAAACUGAGAAACUGCCAGAGAUGAGUUCUACGUCGAAAGGUGGUGGUAUUUCCACUCUUGGUGGUGUUUCGUCUCAAAGCAGCUCUUCAGCCACUUCUUCGUCACAUGACACGUCGACCACCUCAAGCUUCCCCUACUACCAAUACCGACCUAGACCUGGCAUAGUACUGGACGAUACAGAAUACAAACCUGGAGGAAUUCAUAGGCAACCCAUAGUCACCAGACCUGUUAUAGGACAAAUCGGAGACAUUUUCGACAUAACGGUUUCAGCCAUUCAGGGUCCGGGAUCUUCUGCUGGUCAGGGUAAACCGUACGUUAUACCAGUUGAUAUCGAACAAGUUCACAUGGAUACCAAACCUGAUGUCAUCACCAGUUCAAUAGGGGACGAAGGAUUCGUUUCAAUCGAUGGAAAACGAACGUAUUUGAAUCUCUUUGGGGAUGCUACACCUUCCACAUCUCUAGGGGCUAUGAUUGAGCCUACUACUACUGCGAAAAACCAGGUUUCCGGUACGGCUUAUUCUGUUGUUGAAAACGAGAAAAUCAAGAAGCAUGCAUCAAUAAAGCCCACCGUUCGAAGACCUUUGUACGGCAGACCUAGGCCUAGUCAACCUCCAGUAAGAAUCGACACCUGCAUAGUUGGAGAUGAUACAACAUGUGACUCCUCUCAACAUGAGAUUUGCAAAACAGAAUUAGGAGUCAGCGCCUGUCACUGCAGACCUGGCACCGCUAGAAGAAAGCACAGGGACCCUUGUAGAAAAAUUGUGUCGAUCCUUCUGUCAUUGAGGGUUGAUAAACUAUACGAUAGAAAGGUGGUUUGGGCAAACGAACUUGGAGAUCAAAACAGCGACAGCUAUCUGCAGCUGUCCUACGAAGCUGAGAGGGCGUUGGAAUCAGCCAUGUCCAUGACCCCCUUCAGCGAUGAAUUCCUUGCCGCCAAAGUGAACGGGAUAUACAGAGGCGACAGAUCUCAAGGCCAAGCGGGAGUUUUCGUCAACCUCACCCUGCAGAUGGACGAGAACGCCGAUACGUCGAGACCGACAGUCAGAGGCGAUAUUCAGCGCCAUCUGCUGGGAGUUAUACAACGGAGAAGUAACAAUGUCGGAGAAAGUGCUUUGUGGGUCGACAGUCCUCCUGGAUCGGUCUCCAACUUGCAAGACUUGGACGAAUGUUCGUCUCCGGAUCUUCACGACUGUCACUCUUUGGCGACUUGUGUCAACGUCUUCGGCAGCUUCCGCUGUGAAUGUGCUACUGGGUUCCGUGACCCUUGGGCCGACAACAAACAUCGAGCUGGAAGACAUUGCGAACAAUGCUCUCCACAACACUGCAACAACAGAGGGCAGUGCAGGUACCAGAACGGCCAAGAAGUAUGCGUCUGUUCCGGAAAUUAUUAUGGCACGCAGUGCGAGCUGGAUGGAGAAGUAUUGGGGGUAGCCAUAGGAGCCAGUAUUGCUGCAAUUAUAAUCAUUGGAUUGACGUUGGUCUGUCUAGUGAUGUGGAGUCGUCGGUGGAGUAGAGAACACAAGGCGGCAGUUGGCAGUCCUGUCUUCGGAUAUAUGGCCACGGCUAGCAACACAGUGAAAACUCCAGUUGUGGGGGCCCCUCCGUACCAACUGACUCUGGAGGACCGUUUGAGAUGGGCGCAGAUUGCUGAUGUUAUGGCCCAGGCCAACCAUUACGCGCCGGAACCAGGCCACCCUGCUCCCACUAGACCAUCCUCUGCUAUGUUCGGCUAUCCGAGCCUACCCAUGGGCACCUUACAGCACCACCACCACGGCCAUGGUACUCUCCCUCCCGUUCCCAUGCCCAGGCUGAACCUGCAGGCACAACUGGCCGGAAGGGCAGCCAGUAUACAUGCCAUGCGCCCUUUUGACAAUUCCAGCUCCAGCGAGGAAGAAGACAAGGCUGAUCUGUUGGGUAGGAACUUCCAGGUGCCCAGACCCAAGAGUAGGAGCAAUGCUUCGAUAGCGAAUCAAAGUGGCAUCUACUAUGACGUAGACUACGAGCAAAAUGAGGCUUACAAACAAGCCGGAGGAAUACCUUUGAGCACUUACAAUGUUGGCAGACAGCCGUUUUUCAGGAAUUGAAGUCAAACACCCAGUACUUGUAAAUAAUUAGAAUUGUAAAAAUCAGGUUAUGAACUCUUUUCUAGAAUUAUUCUUGUUAUUUUAGUUUAUUCCAAUAUAAUACCUAAGGUUUAUAUUUA